UGUUUCAUUCAAUGUGGAUGUUGGAAAAUCGAGUGCAAUGUUAAAUUAAAAAAAUCUUUGUGUCGCAGAGAAUUUCGUUAAUAAUUAAAUGUGCAGUUUUAUGAAUGAAUAAGAAAACACAGCGAAUGAGCAACAAAGCAAACUGUGAAAAAUUUAAUAGGAAAGAACUCAAAAAUACACAAAGAGUUGAAAACCAGUGAUUAUAGUGAACAAAGUUAAGAAAAACGUACUUUGGACUGUGUAAAAACCAGAGGCAAAAAAGACAAAAACUUGCUUUUUGCGAAAAUACAUUGCGUCACAUAUUGCAAAAUUCACGCCCACGGACGGAAACAUAUCGAUAAGUGCAUACAAAAGUAUUUGUGAAAAUGUCUGGUCAACGUGUCAAUGUGAAUGCCGCUGAAAAGGAUGUGGAGAAGUUUAUAAAAUUUUUGGUGUUGAAGUCAACUCAAGUGGUUGUUCAGUCGCGCUUAGGUGAAAAAAUACAGACUCCAUGUAAUCCACUCGCUACUAAUAGUGAUUGGUUCAACAUAGUUAUACAGGAUCAUCCUGAUAUUUACGCUGAAACGAAGCGUGCUUUAGCACUAGAACCAGGCCAAAGUAUAUUAAAGCGCUUGCCAUUAUGUGUGGAAAUUUCGCUACGAACUGUAGAAGGAGAUCAAAUGGUGCUGGAAGUUUGGUCGUUAGAUAUGCAAUUACCUGGAUGUCAUAAAUAUUGUAAAGACGACAUAUGCGAAGUACUCAUAAAGAAUGCAGAAAACGGAAAGGGAGGCGCUGCAAACGGCACUGGAGCACCUUUAUCAGAGCAGCAAACAUUGAAAGCAGCGCACGCCAUAUACAAUCGAAUGGGCAUAUUAUUGAAAUCUCUAAUCUCGUUAACGCGUGCAACUCCUGGAUACAAAUUAUCGCGACGUCAAUGCCCAGAAAUUUAUGGGAUUUACUAUCGUAUAUAUGUGGAUCGGCCACAGCUACAUACAUUGGGCGAAGGCCAUAAAAAUGUUAAAAUCGGGCAUUUAAACACAAUAGUUGGUACCUUAAGCAUGUCAGUUUCUUAUCGUACCAAAAUGACGAUCACACCCACUGCAGCUGAUACACACAAUGGCGAAUGCAAUACAAUUAUGCUAAAAUCUGAUCAUUUUAGGCGUGCUGAUUCUUCGCCAACACAAAACGUGUCAUUAAAUGGCUUGAAAAGAGGCAACGGGACUAAUGGCGAACGAAAAAUUGUUGAUAUUGAGAAGCCAUUGCGUCCAGGAGCAUUCACUGAUGUCGGAAAGCUGCGCCAAUGGACUGAAAAAGAUUAUGUUUUACCAGAAACACCACCUUUCGAAUGGUUAUUACGACGUCCACGCCACGAGAGUGGAGGGUCUGCUGGUUCAGUAGUCUUAAAUAGAAAAAGCGACGGUAGCGCAAUAGCACCAAACACAUGUAAUGGACAAGAGCAAUGUGUGCAAAACAACAAUGAUGGUACCGGCUGUAGCGCGGACAACAACACAAAAGCUAUAAAUAAUAACAACGUUAUGGCGUUUAAGAGUUUAGAGAAUGGGCCAAAUGGUAUGCAGCCGAAAUCUCCAACUGAUUCUGCAACGCUGUCUCAGUCGCCUAUAAAAAGUCUUCUUAUACCUGCCCCCACAACAUCGCGUCACAGUACAACGCAAACUCAUCAACAAUCACGUCGCCCAGAUGAUGAUAGCUUGCUCAAGGAGUUAAAUUUUCCUUUUGCCUUACCCAAUUCACAUGUGAAUGACUUGGCGAAAUUUUAUCGGGAUUGUUAUCAUGCGCCGCCACUACUCGGAUUAAGCGAAACACAGCCGGAGGCAGCGGUGGAACAAUUAGAGGAAUUUGAAACAUCUUUAGAAGACUACGACGAACUAGUUUCGCAACUAGGAUUAAGUACAUCAUCUUCUACGGGUAGCCGCAGCAGCGGUGGCUUGCAAAUGAGCAACUAAUAUCAACUAAAUGGGGUAAAAGACCAAUGGAUACUAGUAUAAGUACAUUCAUAUAUAAAUAAUAGAUAGUUACAUAGAAAGAGUGUAAGCACGAAAGCCGAAGAACUAUUCAUUAGAAUUACGAACAAACGACUAGGCUUGCAUUUCUUUAAUUUUGCAUUAUUUAUUAUUAAUUUUUUAUGAACAUAAGUUUUACAUAUGUUUAUAUGUAUGUAUGUACAUAUAUAAUGAGACUUAUUUAUUAAGUGUUUACAUUUAAUAAAUUCAUAAUUAUUGUUAAAUUGAAAAUAUUAAAACAAUUUGUUAUGGAAACAAACACUGUGUGCAGAAAACUUUAGCACGAUACUUUUGCUCAUAUCAUAAAAUGAAUAUCUUUUACACACGUAAACAUGUAUGUACGUAGUACACUACAUUUAUGCGCAAAUAUAUGUGUGUAUUUGCGAAAUCGGUGUCAAAACAUGUCAAAAAGACUGUAAAAAUGUAUUUGCUUUAAGAAAAUUACCACUGCUAACUUCUCUGCACACGGGAUUGUUUAGUGCCUUCUCUAACAAAUAUUUUGCUAUGAAAAUGUAAAUGAAAUACUGAUAUAAUUUACCACUAUUGUGUUAAAGAUGAAGGCAUACAUAUGUAAUAAUUGACUUUAAAUAUGUAAAAAAUUUAAAAAAUCUAACAAAAUAAAAUAGGUUCAAAAAUUAAAAUUUUUACAAAAUUCUUUGCAUGUAAAUGGCGAAAGAAGCACUCAAUAUUUUUGUUU